CCGUUAUUAAACACAAAUAGUUGAAGAAAUACACCCCAAAUUAAUAACAGCCACAAACACUGAUUCGGUCCAUGUAAUGAGAAUGAGCAGAAGCGUAGAGUCAGGGAGUUUACUAAAAAUCUACAAGAUUUCAGUAGUAAAACAGGAGAAUAUGGAUCAAAAUAGCCCAGAGCAACAGAGAACAAAUGAGUUAAUAGACGUUCUCUGAAUCGUGUAGAUUUUAGCAUAGGAAAACAACAAAGGGAAGAACAAACGCUGAACAGCUAUUUCUUUGAAACUAAUGUAUUUUAAAAAAGAGAAAAAAAUUUGUAACAUUACUUCACACUAGAUCUCCUGCCAAUACUGCCAUUAAAAAAAAUUAAGCCUCUAUAAAGCAAAAAAGUUUACGUUUCAGGAACGUACUAUCACCAUGUAACCGUGAACAUCAAGUGGUUUUUCUUUGUUGCUUAUCUAUGACACAGCUUUCUUCCUGACAGUCCACAACUAAUUACAACCCAACUGCUUGCCUAAUGGCCCGUUCCUACCUCCACCUAAACAGUAGUAACGAAACGGACAUGCAAGCAUUCCAAAGAGGGUCCUCGGGUACAGAGAGGGGCGUUAGGAAGCGGUCGCGGAGAUCUGGCUGCGUAGGGGAGAGGCUCGGGGCGACGAGCAGCGCUGGGCGGCUGGGGCCUGCUGGCCGAGUCCCUCGCCCCGAACCAGGAGAUUUCGGCGGGGCUCGGGGCGCUUUGGGGACCAGGCCAGACCAUGCCUCAGGCCCGGGUGCCGGGAGAGGCAGCGGUAGGGCCAGGCCCGCUGUAUCACAAACGGACCGGGGAAGGCGCUUAACACUCACGGGCCGGCAGCCCGGGCCUCUCGGGCUAGAAGGAAAGGCUGGGGGCGACCGGGGCCUGAAGGAACAGGGCAAGGAGGGUCUGCAUGGCCCCUGUGGGGGAUCUGGUGGCGGAGUCGCAGCCGUCCCUGGGGAGCGGGGUAGUAGGGGCUGUAGUGAGAGCCGAGAGCCGCCCGCGUCUCGGGGAGGGCUGGCUGGAGGCUGAGGUAUACUAGAGGAUGAAGGUAGGCCGGAGGAGUGUCCCGGCCGCCUCUCUAGCCCCUGCGUUCUUCACC